AUACAAGCAGUUCUUGCUCCGUCCCGGAAAGGCCAUCGUUUGUUUGGCCUGUGCAUCGUAUCUGAUUGCCCUCUUUCGAAAUCUUUCAAAGGAUGAGUGCAGCAAAUGUACCGUAAGUAUUUAAACAUACUGUUCUCGGGAAACGGAAGAUGUCAUUGGAGUGAAAAUUUAACGCAGUGUUACUCGAUCGCGUCAUCUCCCACUAGGACCAGCAGUCUUGGUCACUUCUCAUGCGCCUUUUUGUUUAUCAGUCAACCUUUUUUUCACGUAUUGUAACUGUAUUUCAUUCCGUUGUUUUUAAAGUUGUAAUUUUGUUGCUAAAUUUUACCUUCCCUCGAUUUUUGGUACUAAUUGUAUGCCACAGGACAGGCAUGUAAAGAUUACUUCGUAGGGUGGGGUCCCUGAUCACAUCCCUCAGAUAGAAAGUAAACACAAUGAUCUCCACUGUAGAGCUUCACGGGAAAGACGGUUAUUCUAGCCUGAGUAACUCUUUCUACCUUAAAAGGUUAGUAGAGAGGAUAUAUUUAUAUUAGUAAUUGGACUGAUCAUGAGUGUCUAAUUAUACGAGUGAUUUACAAAAUAAGACAACGGCAUAUGAUAAUUACAGACCAAACUGGAUGACACGAAGUUCUGUUACCAAUCAAUCAUAACUAUGACAAAAUUUGUGAUAUUUUAACCUUUUUUGGCGCGUACUGUCCAGUUACUUAGGGAUGAUGUGUUGAGUGUUCUGACCAAUUAGAUUUUUUGAUUAAUAGUGUUAAAUAUUUCCGGACUGAGAGGAGUCUAUUGUGGUUUGUAAUCAUACGAGUCAUACCGGUAAAUAAAAUCAUCCGAUUUGUUUAAUCACAAAUAUGAUUACGGCAGAUUGAAUUGGACACCAUGAAGUUGUGUUAUAAAUUAAUCAUAACUACAGCAACAUUUGUGUUAUUUUAGGCUUUUUUAGAUCAAAAGACAAGAAAGUGUGAGAGUUUUUUUGCUAACAGUGAAACAAAAAAACUAUUUAAGUGCACGUGAUGUCAUAUACUGUCCAAAUACAGGCAUGAUGUGUACUGUCCUAUUACACUGUCCUAUUAGUGCUGAAAUCAGGACAGCUAAUAGCCAAUCCGAUUUGAGAAUUCUGUUAUAGUUCUGACUUAUGCUGAAAUUAGGGCAGCUGAUAGCCAAUCAGAUUGAGAAUUUGAUAUAGUUGUGAUUAGAAAGGAAAUAGAGAGAAGAGAAGGGGACCUAUAUGGACUCAUGAGGAAUUAAAGACACCAUAUGGCAAAGGCUUAAGGAUAUCAAGCUGUAACACUAGAUGAGUGAAAUGAGUAACAACAUUAAAAGAGAUGCUGACCAAAAUAACAGAAUGAGAACAUACUGAAAGUUCAAAACAAUAGACAAUUACAAAUGUCACAGAUGAUUAUCUUUGCCAGGUCACCAAUACUCAUCACCAGGGCUGUCAACCCUUAAUUCUUCAAAUAUUGAGAAUUGGUAGAUGAUGUCAUAAUGCACGACACAUGAUGUAAUUUCUCCAAAAACGUGUGAAAAAGAUGUUGUUGGAAUUGUAACAUUUGACCUGAUUGGUUUACUUGCCACCAAUCACAUUAUUGCUUGUAAUUCAAUGUCAUACGGGAGUUUGUAUAGGUAAUAGCAUUAUUUGUAGUGAUAUUUGGCAUAAAUACCACGAGUGAUAUUUUUAUUUAUGCCAAAUAUCACGUACAAAUCAUGCUAUUAUUUGUUUAUAGUAGUACCCACAAAAGGUUUGUAAUUUUCACAUGUAGGUAUUUCAAAUUAAGCUGAAAUACCACUGCUCUAAGCCAGUCAAAUUGCAGAAAUUUCUCACGUAGUGGUAUAAAUAAGGAAAUGUUCAAUGUUAAUAAAAUAGCUCAAACUACGCAAAAUAUUUGAAAUUUCAUUGUCAGAGAGUCGAUUCUACAAGAAGUGGCAAACUUUGGCGAUUAUUCGGGAGAUUUCAGACUCUAAUCUAGAGACUAGGAGAUAUGCUUUAAAAUCUGGAGUCUUGAUCCCAGAUUAUCUGGGAGAGUUGACAGCACUGCAUAACAGAAUCUUGAACUGUAAAAAAUUGCUUUUAACCAAUCAGAAACUCGCCAUAGAAACAGGCCGAUACUUACCCUGUAAGACCUUAGAAAGGAUUAUGAGACCUGAUUCAAAGGCAUUCAUUGGGCUGUGUCAAACAUUCAAAUUCCAGACACUGCAGGGACUAGAUAACUUAAUAAGUUCCAUUAACCAAUGAAAAUUAAAGGCAAUUUUAAAUCAGAGCUGAUUAGAUUGAAAAUAAAGUAAAGAAAGAAUGGACACGUAUGUAUCGGUAAAGACAUAUUAUUUUUGUAUAGGCCUGUCCACAUGUCAAUGAUCAUCAGCAAUGUUACUUUUUGUAAACAGUUUUAAGAGUGGAUAAGUUGGAAAUUUUUUCUGCUCACCAAAAUUAAUUUUACGAUGUACAUUUUGUAGGUUUUAUUGCGACGUCAGUGAGGGGUAAACAUUAAAAUAUUCUUCAACUGAUAUAUUCUCAGAUCCUGCUAUCAAAUUGGAAGCCACACGCUGGCUGUUCCAGUUAGUCUCCAUUCAACCAAUAGAAGGCGUCUUUGUGAGCGGCUAAAGAAUGCAAAAGAUGUUCCUUCUGGAGCCAUAGUUCUUCUGCAAGGAGGAGAACAAAAACAGCUAUACUGUACUGAUAGGGAUGUACUUUUCCGUCAGGUAAAUAAAAAAUAAUCCUUAAAUGCUAUUUCAAGGUAUUUAUUAGCACUUGACAAGCCCUGGUGACUUGCUUUUGCUCACUAUUUUUAUAUAUGUUGCAGGUCAAAACUAAAUUCUGGUUAAGAUUUUUUAACUUGUAGGUUGAUUCUCAAUUCCCUUUUUCUCUGGCUAGGAGACAAUUAGGUUAACCUAGGUUAAAAAAAAAAAGAAAAUUAACCUGAAUUUAACUUUGACCUGUAACAUCUUCUGGGCAUGUUCAGUGCUUUAGGACCAGCUUGCCGAGAAUUUCAUUCAAGAAUUGCUCUUCAUUUUUCCCAGACCAAAUGUAUAUGAGCCGGACUAAAUGUAUGAGCCAGGAGGUUUGUACUUGUUGACUGGGGUCUGCUGGGUAGAUGAAAUAAAUCCUAUAUUGAGCCCUCUCCCCUGAAUUAAAUCCUUCCUUCUCUAAUAAGCCAGUACCCUCUCUCAAAUCUUCACUACAGAUGGUCAUUCCCCUCUGAUCUAGAACAGUAACAGAGUGCCAUGGCUACAGUUAGGCUCCCCCUUUUUCUUUGCAUUUAGCACUGUUUCCGUUAAAUUAGAUUAACUCACCUCUCUAGUUAACCCCCCUCUCUAUUAAGUCCCCAGUCAAUGAUGUUUGAAAGAAUAAGCCCCUUCUCUUCCUCUCCCCACCCCCUCACAUCGCCGCAUACCUCUUAAUUGUUGUCACUGGUGUAAGGCUUUUGAAUCAUUAAGCCUUAUAAAAAUACAGUCAACUUCUCUAAGGUGGGUAAUAAAGAUUGAAAAACCUGCACAGCGUAGUACUUAAAAAUGUUAAUUUAAAAAUUGUAAAACGGACGCUGUUAUUAUAAGAAUCUUAACAGCAUUUAGUCUUGUAUACCCUGAAGAAGGCAGCAUUGCCGAAAUGUCGGUUAAGAUUCUUAUAAUAACAGCGUCCGUUUUACAAUUCUUAAAUUAACAUUCUCUAAGGUGGGCUUGGUUUGGAACAUCCCAUAAGUCAGCAUGCAAAGAAAGUGGUGUCCAAUAGCCCGGGGCUAGUGGAUUUUGCUAUCGGGCUAGUGAAUUCUGUUCUUAACUUGCCCGACAGGCAAGUGAUGUUUUUCGAGCAAAUAUUCGAAUAACAGAAGAACUAUGAAGUCAAUUCUGCUUGUCAAAAAGCACCUGGAACUAGUUGAAAUGAUGUUUGGGCUAGUGAACGCUAGCUUCAGCUCCCCCGAAUGGCAAAAAAUGAUUUUCUUGGUUCAUCUUACGGAGGUGUCCACAUUAUAGAGUCAAAGAAAAGACCGAAGAAAUGCAGAGGUUCCAUCUUAUAUUAUGUUAAGGUGUCUGCUACUUACAGAGUUGACUGUAUUGUCUCCUAAAGGCUGAAAAAUGAUCUUGUUAGAGUGGUUUUCACUUGACUGUCGUAAAUCAAAACCAAAGUAAAUACACUAGCCAACCAAAGGGCGUAGUAAAACCAAAACCAAACUAAUUCCUCAAUUACUUUCGACAGUCAAGUGAAAACCGCUCUAACUGCUAAUACCCAAAUGCUAUAUAUGUCUAAUUGAUUUGUAAUACCAGCUUCAUCUCCUUUUUUUCUACAGGAAUCAUAUUUUCAUUGGACAUUUGGUGUAUUAGAGGGUGACUGUUUUGGAGCUGUAGAAGUAGACACUGCACGUUCAAUCUUGUUCUUUCCACGUCUUCCUCCAGAGUAUGCCAUCUGGAUGGGAAAGUAAGUUUUUGGUUUUCUUUAACUUAUCCACUUGUAUUGAUUAGGAAAAUCCCUUGCAGUUCUGCAGCCAAAAAAUUACCCCACACAUAAGGAAAAAUAAUAGUCCCCGCGUGAAUCAUAACAAUCCCGCCAGCUAUCCAGGCUAAAUAAAAGAGGCAGGUAGAUGACAGUAAGGUUGCAAAGAAGGUCAGUUUUACAGCUUUUCAUUCAGGAAAGCUGUAGCUGGGAUGUGCGAGCCCAAAAGUCACUUCAUCUAGCCCCAAAAGCUCUUUGAUGAUGAGGAUUGAUUACACAGUUCUUAUGUAAUUUGAAUUCCUCAAAAAACUUCACUUGCCCUUUGGGCAAGUUAAGAACAGAAUUCACUAGCCCUAUAGCAAACUCCACUAGUCCUGGGCUAUCGGACACUAUUUUCUUUGCACACUGCGUCCUUCACACAAGGUCCAGUGAAACAGUUCUUCUACAGGUGUAGGUCUUAAUAAGUUGCAAGGACAAAGGCCAGCACAGUCAAGCUGUUUUUCCAAAUGGACAUUACAUGAACAGUUUUAUUAAGGCCAAUUUUGACAUUUGUUAUCUGCAAACUUCUACCGUUUCGGUUGCAAGUUAAGUCUCAUGUUCAUUGGUGAUUUUUCAUCUCAGAAUCCAUGAGCUUGAGCAUUUUAAAAAGAAGUAUGGAGUGGAUGAAGUUUUCUUUACUGAUGAGGUAAUAAAUUUUAAUAGUCCUUCUGUUUACAUGUGCACAUCCAGGUAAAUAUUUUUAAAUUGAUUAGCAAAAACCAAGGUCAUAAUAAUUUUUAUUUUAAUGACAUCUCCAAUCUCACCACUGGCUUGGUUUAUCAGAAUGUCUAAAUAACAAAAACUUUUAUAACUUUAUAGAGAUCACUGGUGUUGUUUUAAUUAUUUGGAACAGCGUAAUUAAAAAAAACUAUACCAGAAGUUUAAUUGCGGUCAUUUUCUAGACUUAAUUAAUAUCUUAAGAAAAUUUUUUUCUUUAACUUGAGCUUACUUUGCAGGUUUUAAACAACUUAUAAACUUACUAACUCUUUUCUUUCUUUCUUUUUUAGAUUGCUGAUGUACUGACAAAGAAAGCACCUUCUGUCCUUCUCACGCUGGUGUGUUCUUGUUUAGUUUUGGGGUCUCUGUUUUGAAAUUAAAAGUCUUUACAUGACCAGGCAACAAAAAUAUUACCCACGCCUAUAUCUAUCUUUGCCAUUAAGUGCGGCCCCAGCCACUUAUCAUGUACUCAAAGAAUCCUUAAAAUAAAAUAAUGCUGCAGACGCAAUUUCCUUUUUGCUCACAGGAAUUUUUUUUCUUUUAGCGAGGUCUCAAUACUGACUCUGGCCAAUACUGCAGGGAGGCAGCAUUUGAUGGAAUCAGCAAGUGAGCAUGAUUAUUCUCCUGAAGCUUGACCCCCACACUGUAUAAUGUGAUCUAGAAGUGAUGGUGUUUAUCCUGUGUUAGGUUUAGUUUUUGUUGUGGUGGAUACACAUGUACUAGACCACUUCAUUUAAACAAGUCCUGUCCAGAUCUGUAUUUCAUAUUAAAGUGUAUUAAUUAUUAUGUUUCUAGAUUCAAAUUAGACAACAAGAGUUUGCAUCCUGAGAUUACAGAAUGGUGAGAUAUUUCAUUGCUGUGAUUUUGAUAUACAAUCGACUCUCACUUAGUAGACACCUCUAUAAGAUUGACAACUCUCUAAAACGGACACCAAGAAUUGGUCCUGCCUUUCUUUAUUCCCUUUAUUUGACUCUCUAUAAGACGGACAUUACUUUUAGACAAACACUUUGUGCCAUUCCCAAAGGUGUCCAUCUUAAGCCUGGUUCUCAUAAUAUUAUGCUGCCAAUGCACCUGCGACAUGGCCGCUGGUACUGCCUGGAUAAUGUUCCAAUAUGAGAACAGAAGUGGUUGGCAACAUUGCUCAUCCCAGUCUUUACCCCCGACAUGCAUGCCUGUGAAGUUGACUCAUGUUCAACGUUGCAAGCGUGCCGGCGGUAGAGCUCUGCGAUGGCUCUAGUUGCCAGCGGCGCAUGUUCUUUUUCAUCCGAAAAGUGACCCAGGCGGUACUGACGUUAUAAAAAUCCAAGGUAAUAUUUUAUGCUAGCAGGGAAGGGCUCACCAGAACUAAAGGCUUUCCAGGCACCUUGCCAUAGCCUGUGUACAGCCACCCGCUCCCCUAAAAAAAUCAGGAAGAGGGAAAGUCUCUCCCUGAUCUAGUUUGGGUGAAGGGGGUGGCUGUAUACAGCCUGCCUAGCGAAAGCUUUGAAAGAUAGAGUGUGUAGUAGAAAAAAAAGACAAAACUUGGUGUUUAAUUAUACAUUGGACUGAAAAAUGGGAUUAGAUCUGUGAAGGAACAUGGUUUGAAUUUUCCCAUGGUUUCUUCAAAGAUAUUUGACAGUGUAAGAUGACUUGUUUUUUCUUUUUGUGUGUGUGGUUUUUUUUGUUAUUUGCGUGCUCCUCACUGUUACUGGAAUGGAAAGUGAUAAUUUCUGUUUGUUUUUAAUAAAGGUUCUGGUGUUAGCCUCUAGGCUAGUAUGCUGAAACUUUUUCUAUGAGUCCUGUUCACUGCUACUAAAGUAUGAAUAUAGAACUUACUAUAUUGAAAAUAGAAAACUUUAAAAACUACAGAAACAAAAGUUGUCCCCUUAUCAGGAAAUACAGAAAACCAUGGGGCCUUUUUGUUUUUUCUUCGGAAAAUAACAUAAAAAAUUUACAUUGCACACUUCUCUUUCUAAUGUACUUCUUGUUGUCUUUGUAGUCGUGUGUUCAAGACUCCUGAAGAGAUAGAGGUGAUUCGCUUUACAAACAGAGUAAGCAGUGAAGCUCACAAGGAGGUAAAAAUUUUGGACACAGUUCUCAUACGCCUUACUGUAAUUUGUUGCCCCACAGGGUUUGGUCCAGAGGCCAAAACCCUAGGGGGCAUUUUUGGAGUCCCCAUGUUUGUAUGCAGAGGAAAUGUCGAGGUGUUUAUGUGGGUAUCAGGAUGUGUAUUAAAGCCUACAUAAUGAAAGCAGGCAUAUGAAGGUGUUGAAAAAUGUCUGCACAGUGAAAAAAAAUACUAAAAAUUAUAAGUAAAAGGUAAAGGCAGUGUGUACCUGUUACUAGUCAGACUAGUCAAAAUUACAUUCAGGUUAAAUUUAUUUAACCUUGGUUGAUUCUUAAUUUUCUUUGUUCCCUAACCAAAAGUCAUAAGUAAUUAGGGCUAGGAGACAAAGGCAAUUAAGAAUCAAACUAGUUUAAAACAUUUUAACGUGAAUUUAUUCUGACCUGGAACAUACCCACCCCGGAACAAAGCCAUAAAAGCAAGGAUACAAACCAUUGACCCAUUUACAGCAAAUGUGCCUUUCCAGAAUUGAAUAAAUUGCCUCUUACUUUACUUUAAUAGUUUGGCAAUACAAAAUACGCACUUAGUAUUGACCGGAAAGCCCUGAACAGAAAACAACUUCCCUCACUGAAGGGCUACCUAAAUUCACAAUAAAUAAGAAAUAAAAAACAACUAAAAGAAAAAAUCAUAAAUACCUAGACAAGUGGCAAUCAUGUACAAUAUUAAACUAGAAUAUAAUUAAACUAAUGAAACUAAUAUCGUAAUCAACAAAGCUAGCCUCGAGAUAAGAAUAAAAUAUCAGUUUUACCUCAGUUUAUCUGUUCAUAAAUUAGCCUGGUUUGCAGACAUUUACAGGGGAAGGGAAAGGGAAAAUUUAGGCGACAUUCCUUCUCCUUCUCUCGCUUACACUUCAUGUAAGCGCACGCCUUUGCAGAACUCCCAAUUCCGGCCCUUCCCUUCUAACUCUACCACAUAGGCUAUUACAACAGACAAAAAAUCACACCGUAUUUUGACAUCUACAGUCAUGAAAUUACUUAUCUUUUGCGCAUUUUACUUAGGUGAUGAGGCGCAUUCGGCCAGGAAUGACAGAGUUUGAAUUGGAGAGGUAAAUGUAUCGUUAGCAAAAAAUUGUCUCAGUACGUCACGAGUCAGUAUCACUACGGCUACAACUACAACUGUGGAAUUUGAAGUCAGUUGUGUUCUCAGAAUUCUAAGUCUUUCUUGUCGUCUAGUAGUUAAAGACUUCUGGAUAUGCAUAGCCUGAUAAGUGAUGAUCUAAAAAGUCAACCAAACACUUGGAAAUUCGCAUACUUGCAAAAUAAGGUUAAAUUGGCUUAGCUUGCCGAAAGUUACGUAGCGUGCGAGCAAGCUCUCCUAUUUGGGCGAGCGAAGCGAGUCUCGCGAGAACGCGCGAGCGAGCGGCGAAGCCGCGAGGGGCAGAGGAAAGGCCCCUCGCUCGCGCGUUCUCGCGAGGCUCGCCUAAAUAGGAGAGCUUGCUCGCAGGCUAAAAGUUACGUCGACCUAUGGUCCCAGAGUUCGUCUUUGUUAAUAUGCUACAGUGUACCUACUGACGUUCUACUCGAGCAUUUUCCAGGAUGUUCGUCACAUGACAACUAAUUCAAUGGCAUAUGAGUAUACUUUAGCUCAGUCGUAGAGCUCCUGGACAAGUUACCAGAAAAGGGUUGUCACUACGAUUUCCAUUUGCCGGGUAUAUGCAAUCAGUAAGCGGCAAAUUGAAAAUUGAACAGCUAGGAAGGCCUUUAUGUUAUAUUUUCCACUCAAAGUAGCCGGGAGUCAUGCUCAUAAUAGCUAAGGGAAAUCCCCGGCCCCCGCGCGCCCUUAGUGACGACCCUCUGGCCAGAAUACCAGAAGAUCUUAGGUUUGACUCCUUUUGGAAGAACUGCCUUUUCUUGAGCCGCCCGUGACACUGACUGACAAAACCUUCAUACCCAGCACAAACUUGGUUUGAAAAUUCGUUCUCCUACUAAGCCUUUCCAUCAGUGCAGUUUGAUAUAGAGUUCGCUGUGGCCAAAUCUUAAAUAUUAUACGCAACAACGUAACUCUUUCAUAAAAUCCGGCAGCCCCACUUUCGCCUCGUCCACCUUUUUCUGCUGUCCUAAGCUUGUGUUCACGGGCAUUCACGUUGACCAGCAACAGACGAUGCUUAUUUAAUUGCGGGACUGAACACUGCAGAAAAACGGUUUUUUUCUUGCAUGUGCACGAAUGGCCAUGAUUUGUAACACUAGUUUUGUUCAAGAGUUGAAGUUUUUUUAACUAUUGCAAUAAUGUUAUCAAUUUAUUAACAAAUUUGUAAGGUUCAGUUCCAAAAUGUCCGUAAAUCUUUUAAUCCCUGUAUUUUUAAAUUGCCUUUCUUCUUUUUUUUAUUUUUGUAGCGAAAACGCACUUGGCGUUUUUUUGUCGAUGAUUUUGAUAAUUGUUUUAAAAAAUACUUUUUAUUCUUACACUUCAGCCUGUGCUAGGGCCAUAUGUGUUGUCACGCAAGUGCGUUUCAGUCCACCCAAGAAAAGCUGUGUGAGAGUUUCAUUCAACAUCAAUUUCUGUUUCUUUUCAGUUUGUUUCAUCAUUACUGUUAUUCCCAAGGUGGUUGUCGACAUGUGGCAUAUACAUGCAUUGCUGGAAGGUAUGUUAUACUCAGACAGUCAAGUGAACUUUCGCAGGUACUCAUCUGCGUCCCAGGCAAUACAAUUUAACCGGUACACUUACAAUCAUUUCAAAUUCUAAUAGGGGAGUACACUACACCAAAAGGCGAUAACAAUAUAGGUAAUCCGGAUUCCAAAAUCAGGAAAAUAUUUGCUUGCAGAAUUGGAAUCCUGGGAUUUGAAUCCGGAAUUUAGUUCAAGGAUUCCGGAAUCCUGCUAACACUGUCGGAAUCCACUUUGUGGAAUCCAGAAUUUAAGACUGUCUUGAAUUAUACGAUUCUGGGAAACUGCCCACCUACCCCUCCCUUUGGCCAACAUUAACACUUACUUCACACUUAGGGCAAAGUGUUGUCUUAGGGGAGGGGUAGGUGGGCAGUUUCCCAGAAAUGGUGUAACGGUCCAAAAUUUUUAGGUGAAUGGUAACGUGGUUGUCGGGGGAAAGUACACAUGAAUAUUAAAAUUAUAGUGGACUGUCUUCCUUGCCAUCUUUCGUAUGCUUGUAGCUUGUUUGCUUUCAGAGGUCGUUUCUCCAUGAAUGAGAGUCCUGCUUUUGAGUGUGCUCAAAUGAGUAUACGAGCUGCAUUCGUAAUUAUAGUCGAACCUUCCUGUGCGACCACCUAUCGUAAGCGACCACUUUCCAUAGGCGACCGCCAAUCUAAAACACGCAAACUUUCUUAGUCAAAUCCUUAUAGUUGGAACCUCUAGUAAACGACCACCUCCUGUAAGCGACCGCGACCACUUUUUGGGCAUGACGGUUAAUGAUUUUCCAUUGUUUUUAACCUCUUGUAAGCGACCACUUGACGCAUUUUCUGAUCUCUAUUUUCGCUUGUGUGCGCACUGUGACUUAGAAUAUACGAAGAACUUUAGUUACAACAUGGAACUACACAUAUCCUAAAUUAUCUUCCAUAAAGUAUAUGUGCUUGGACCUCUUCUCGGAAGAGAUCCCCGCGUGGUUUCAUUCUUGUAAAUGACCACUUCCCGUACGUGACCCUUCAGUCUUUGCAUUUUGGGUGGUCGCUUACGGGAGGUUCGACUGUAUCUUAUUUUGGUUUUAUCUUAGUACAGUCAGUUCUUUCUUAACCCCUCUGAAAGACUUACACAUCAUUAAAAUGAACAUCUUUAGUGCAUUUUUGCCAUUCUAAUUCAGUUUAACAAAUCGACAGCAAUUUUCCGUAGUCUUUACACAUGUAGAUUGAAUGACGUCCGAAUGUUCAAAACUCAAGUCAUGUCAAGGCGAGUGGUUUCACAGCAAUUUUUUUUGUUUUUGUUCAUGUUGUAUUUCAGUGGCCACAACUGUGCUACUCUUCAUUAUGGCCAUGCUGGAGCACCAAAUGACAAGAAGAUCAAUGAUGGCGACAUGUGGUGAGUAUUCCUGAAUUUCUUCAACAGCUGAGCAUGUGAUAACAUUAUACAGUCAGUGAUCCAGCCGUUUGUCAAUGGUAAAACGGGUUUGCUUCUGCUUUAGCUUGUUUGACAUGGGCGGAGAAUACUACUGCUACACAUCCGACAUCACGUGUUCAUUCCCAGCCAAUGGCAAGUUCACAGAGGAUCAACGCAACAUUUAUGAAGCCGUGUACAGGGCCAGUAGAGCUGUAAUGGCGGCUGUUAAGCCUGGUAAGUGCCGGCCGGCAUGCAUAGUAUGUGUUAUUUAGCACAGUGUGAAUGUACCACUAAAGAGGUCUCACUUUUAAUGGUCACACUAAACGAUUUCCAUCCAAAGAAUUAAAAUUGUACUAUGUUUUUUAAAGAUAUCUUAUUUUUUAAGAUAUAGUCAUUGAAAAGCCAAGUCGUAAAUUUUUAUACGUAAAUGAGUUCUAGCCAAUCAGAAUCGCGAGCGAUGCUUUUUUAUGUGUGUGAAAAAUGAUACGUCCAAUCAAAAGUCACAGAAGGGUGUGAGUUUCGCGCCAAAACUCCCGCCUUUUAUAGGCGCUUGCAGCUUCAUGAGAAGAGCACCCUCGCUUUGCGAGUUGCUUCGCGAGACAUCCUACGUGAAAGGACCAUAAAGUAGGCUUUGUCUCGCAGAAAAGAGGAAAUUAUCUCGGAAAUUGGAAUAGUUUGUUAUAUUUCACCGACUGUCAAAGAAGAAAAUUGUAGAAAGCCGGCAAAACAACUCUCGCCUUGCGGACAUUUCGCUAUUACGGAAACAGAGAUAAAACAGACUGCGGCUAAAUCUCUGACAGAAAUACGUUACAAGGUUUGACAGCCGGAAAUAAACCUUCGUUAUUGAGGACUUCUUUUCUAAUUGAGGUCGUUAACUCGCGGUAAUAGGCGCGUCUAUUACCGGGAGAUGCAUGCAUUGACUCCUGAAUUUAACGUCUUAAACACAGCAAAGUAUAAUUAUAAUAUUGUACAAAGUUCUGUGGACUUAGGUUUAUUCGUCGUCUCUUUAUAUUCUCGCAGGUGUCAAAUGGACCGACAUGCACCGUUUAGCAGAGCGCGUCCAGCUGACGUGUUUAAGGGACAUGGGACUCUUACACGGGGACGUUGACGAGAUGAUGAAAUGUUACCUUGGGGCCGUUUUUAUGCCUCACGGUCUUGGCCAUUUUAUGGGAUGCGAUGUUCAUGAUGUUGGUGGAUAUCCCGAGGUACCUUAUUAAGUUUUGUCUUAUAACUCACG